GCUUUAGAUUUUGUCCAUUUUUUCCUUUCUUCACCAUCAAAAGCAUGUUUUGAAAUUGAUUUCUACACAUAAAUUUUACAGCAGUAUUACUGUAACAGUUCUGCCAACAAUAACGACCGCUCACUCUCUUUUUCUUUUUCUUUCAACAAAGAAAGUCUUUCCUUCUUACUUCCCUCUUUAAUCCUUACAGUUUUACAUUCUUUCAUGGCUGCAUGCAGAGUUAGCUGAGCAAGUACUAGGCCAGAAGUACUGAAAGUUCCAAAAGAAUGGACAAUUCAUCAAAUUCUGAUGAGAAUUAUGAUCUGGGUUAUCAACCAUCUCUGUCUUCCAUGGAUCAAAAUGAUCAAUCAACCACUGAAACUCCAGGGCACUCCACGAUCAGUACGGGGUCGUUUGCCUACUGUCGAACUUUCUCAGAGACCUCUGCAUUCUCUGAAGCCAUUGAUGACCAUAGCUACUCCAGUACCGAACCUUCUCCUUCUUGCUGGCCAGUCAACAAGUCCUGUAAUAAGGCUGCUUUAAGCAGACUUGGAAUGAAGCAGCAUUACAAGAGUGGAGUGGAUGAGAAGGUUGAUGAUCAAGAAUCAGUAGAUUUAGAGCUGGAGACGAUGAAGGAAAGAUUUGCAAAGCUUUUGCUGGGUGAAGACAUGUCAGGAAGUGGUAAAGGGGUUUGCACUGCUGUUACAAUCUCCAACGCCAUAACCAAUCUCUACGCGACUGUAUUCGGACAUAAUUUGAGGUUAGAGCCUUUGAAUCCUGAAAAGAAGGCAAUGUGGAAAAGAGAAAUGGACUGUCUUCUAUCUGUAUGUGAGUACAUAGUAGAAUUCAUCCCCAGUAGAUCGCAGAAUUUACCGAACGGUACAGCCAUUGAGGUAAUGGAAGGCAGACCGAGGUCGGAUAUUUACAUAAACCUUCCUGCAUUGAAAAAGCUUGAUGCACUUCUCCUGGAAAUACUGGAUGCUUUCCAGGAUACGGAAUUCUGGUAUGCAGAACAAGGAAGCAUGUCAUCAAAGUCGCGUGCAGGCUCAUUCCGGAAAAUAGUUGUUCAUCGGAAAGAAGAGAAAUGGUGGUUGCCAGUUCCCUGUGUUCCUCAAGAUGGCCUCACUGAGAAGUCCCGGAAACAUUUGAGAAAUAAACGCGACUGCGCAAAUCAGAUUCACAAAGCAGCAAUGUCCAUCAACAGCAGUAUUCUUUAUGAGAUGGAAAUUCCAGAGACAUACAUGGCAUCUCUUCCAAAGAGUGGUAAAGCAUGUCUGGGAGAUUCAAUAUACCGCUACAUGUGUAUUACAGAUAAGUUUUCGCCGGACAAUCUUCUUGAUUGUCUUAAUAUAACAUCAGAACAUGAAGCACUUGAGCUUGCAGACCGCAUUGAAGCUUCAAUGUAUACAUGGAGACGCAAAGCAUGCAUGAGUCAUUCAAAAUCAUCAUGGGAUAUGGUGAAGGAUCUAAUGUCUGACAUCGAUAGUUACGACAAAAAUCAUGUUCUAGCUUUAAGAGCAGAAAGCUUGUUAUUUUGCUUGAAGCAGAGGUAUCCUGAACUCUCACAGACAUCCUUGGACACCUGCAAGAUUCAAUACAAUAGGGAUGUUGGGCAAGCUAUCUUGGAGAGUUAUUCGAGAGUCUUGGAAGGCCUAGCAUUCAACAUUGUUGCGUGGAUCGAAGACGUUCUAGAUGUAGACAGAUCAAUGAGAAACCAAGAUCAGUAAUAGAAGAGCAGAUAAGUUAAAAGAC